GGUACCUGCGGGUUCCGUGGCGUGGUACUCGUGAGCGAGUCGCAAUCGUGCAGCGGACCCGGGACAAGUAAUGCUGUGCCAGGUCUACCAAAUCCAUCCGGUGAACAGCCCCUUGUUGGCAUAACAUGUUAAAUACUCGUGCUAUCCCGCGGCUGACCGCGCUGACCGUUCUGUCCUACUCUAGGUGAGGUUGCAUACCGUGCCCGUAGCACCGCGACAUCGGGUACGUAGCGACAGAGUACUGUCUCCCGGUUCAACACUUCGGAAGCAAAUGACGACUCAAGUAAUUCGUGCGGUAUAUGACUAUGUACUCGCGACUCGAUACCUAUCAGGUGCCGCCAUCACUUGCUCCUUAUAUGAUCACGCGCUAUGCAUUGGAGCGGAAAUCAGAGUAUUUUGGCAGCAAAAACGGUCCUUCCUUCCGAUACUCGUCGUCCUGAGCACAUAUCUCAUGGAGGCAUCCACAAUAGUCAUUGCAUAUACUACCGUCGGUGCGCCUCAAUUUCUGGUUUCUCCGCAGCUUUUGGCGAUCUACGGCCGCCUCUUGGAACCAAGUCGUGAGCUCAAGUCGUCCGAGAAGUCGCCCUGUCGUCUGGCGAUGCUGAACGGCGCUGACAAUCCUAGGUGUGAAGCGCUCAUUAUCGUCAUAGGGGUUUCCACAACUAUGGUCGCCGGCUGUCAGGAACUCGUACUUUUCUUGCGCGUACAUACAAUCUGGGACAACCGCAAGGAAGUAAAAUAUGCCUUGCUCUUCGGCUUCGUGGUGUGCUAUGGGGUCUCCAUCGCAUUUGCUCUUGUCACCAUGCUUGACCUGGCAGGCAAAUUGCAGUACAAUGGACAGCUCAAGUCUUGUACACUCCCCGAAAAACCGAAGUACAUGCCAGGAGUCUGGGGGGCAAUGAUAGCAUACGACAUAUAUGUGUUCGCCCUGAUAGUGUUGAAUGCGCUAAACCAGCCGCGCAAGCGAAAUAUCGAGAUUUUAGACAAUCUCCGGCGUGACGGUCUGAUGGUGCUUACGGCAAUCUUCUUCCUGCGCAUUAGUAAACUAUCUGUGAGCAUUGUCGGUAAUGCUUCAGAAACGUUUCUCCUGCCUGUAAUUAGCUGGGCCUUCGAGACGAGGAUGAUGUAUAGGCUCUUUCUCAAGGUCAGGGAAGCUGAGCUGAGCCUACCCCAUGGAUGGAAACCGGUGAUGAACCACCGGUCGGUCUUUGUUUCGGAAGAAGUAGAGAUGAUUUACAUAUGACACUGCCUUGAGGCUCGCACUAGCGUCAAUUAUGAAUAUCUAACAUAUGGUCCUUGGACCAAGGUUCUUGAUAUAUAUGAAGGAACGAUCAGACCCACUUUACCUUGACUCACAACAUCGACAUACCGGCAACGAACUCGUAGGCAGACUCCAAAAGCGACUUUCUUGAGUGCGGGAGGGCUCAGUCCAAGACCGUCCACGCAACAUUGAACCGUACAAGCGUAUUGCUUUCCGUGUCGUACACAGGGCUUUGCGUAGUACUGUCGCCGUGAAACUGGCAGGGGAGCAACCCAUCACCAUCAUCAGAGUUACUAUCCUGAGAUACUUGCAAGCAUUAAUCGAUGACUUCUGAGUAUACGCUGUUUUGUGUGGUGUAUAGG